UUUGCAAGGUGAACAGAUUGAUUUCUUUCAGAUAUACAACUUUUUUGCUUGCCGCAGGGGCAGGCGCCUCGACAUCGUCAAUGCGCACGCACGUUACGACGAAACAUAGGGGACGCUGGUAAUGCUUUGAAGCCCAAGUACGCGAAGCAUAGCUUAAUCGUCUGCAUAGAGGCUGGACGCUUCUGUCCAAGAUGAUAGGCGGCGAUUUCGGAGGUUCGGCAGGUUCGGCGGUGGCGGACGCAGUCCACCGCGCAAUAGGUCCUCUUCCUGCUGGCCAACGCGUCGCAGUGAUAACCGUGCGCGAGGCACUGACGGGGUGGAGCGAAGGCUUUGCACGCUACGGUGUGCCCUGCGAGAUCGGCCAUUACUCUGUGCAAGGGGAACAGCGCGAGUACGUCGAUGGUGCUAUUCAAAAGAGGUACCUGCGUGCGUCCAUCCCCUUGAAUCCUGACUGGGAUCUGAACACCGGAUACGAAAAUGCACUGCACAGAACAGGAGAAGGCUCGCCGCCGACGCAUCACCUACUUCGCUGGGUUAUGCUCAACAAGGACAAAGUGGUGACGCCUUCGUCUCGGGCAGCUGGGUGCCCACGCACGGACUUUAUCUGCGGCCGAUACACUUUGGCAACACUUCUGUGCACACCGUUCGAGGAACGUGAAGCCUGGAGGAUAGCGGCGUGUCGGCAUAGAGACAUCGUGUACAUCCGUGGCAUUCCAAUGAAUGAAGCAGUUGAGCAGUCCCUUAGGGAGAGCCGCGACCGGUAUCGGCAUCGCAUGCGCUACUGCGGCAAGAAGUUCCAGCUCAUCAUGACCACGG